AUGUCGGCCUCUGCCGCUUCGUCGUCCAGCAGUCACGAUGCAUCUAGCAGCGGGAGCUCCGAAAAGUCAAGCGUAAUCCUCAAGGUAGGAAUGGUCGGCGAUUCGCAGAUCGGCAAGACGAGUUUGAUGGUCCGCUACGUCGAGGGCAGUUUCAACGAAGACUACAUCCAAACACUUGGAGUCAACUUUAUGGAAAAGACCAUCUCAAUCCGUAAUACCGAGAUCACCUUCUCCAUCUGGGACCUGGGUGGACAACGCGAAUUCGUCAAUAUGCUACCCCUCGUAUGCAACGAUGCUGUCGCCAUCCUGUUCAUGUUCGAUCUCACGCGCAAAUCGACGCUCAACUCGAUCAAGGAAUGGUACCGACAAGCUCGCGGAUUCAACAAGACCGCCAUCCCCUUUCUCGUCGGAACCAAGUAUGAUCACUACGCCACACUGCCGCGCGAGGAGCAGGACGAGAUCACCAAGCAGGCUAGACGCUUUUCCAAGGCGAUGAAGGCUCCCUUGAUCUUUUGCUCCACCAGCCACGCCAUCAACGUGCAAAAGAUCUUCAAGGUAUUGCUCGCCAAGGCAUUCGACCUCAAGUGCACGAUUCCAGAGAUCAAGGGUCCUGGAGAGCCGCUGCUGAUUUAUCUCGAUGUCUAG